AUGCCGGCGGCGUGCGCGUCGCAGAUUUUCCAGCUCACGCGGGUCCUGGGACACCGAUCGGACGGCGAGACGAUCCAGUGGCUUCUGGACCAGGCCUCACCCGCAAUCAACGCCGUAAUUCCCGGCGGUGUAGCUGGAAUCACCGAAACUUCCGAGGCGGCUCGAUCAGGAAAUCAGAAUCAGUCGGGCAGUGCGACCAAAACUCCGGAGGAUGAGGUGGGAGGUCGUCCCGCGGGCGGUACUACAAGGAAGAGACAGCGGAGCGGAGGCUCCGCGGAUGUGCGGGGGGGCGCGCAGAGGAAAGAGCCCCGAGCGCCACAAGCGGUGGCCGUGCAGGCCGCAGGACAGACAGAGCAGCCAGGGCUGCAUGCAGUACAGGCAGCGCAGGCAGUGCAGCAGCAAGGGCAGAAAGAGCAAGGGUACAUGAACGAGGCGAGAACGCCGCCAAUGGAUCAAUCCCUGCAACAAUCCCUGCAACAAUCCCUGCAUCAAUCACAGCAUCAAAUGCCGCAGAUGGAUAGCCAACAGAUGCAGCUACUCCGGAUCAUGCACUUGCAUCAGCAACAGCAGCAGCAGCAGCAACAGCAACAGCAGCAACAGCAGCAGCAGCAGCAACAGCAACAGCAGCAACAGCAGCAGCAGCAGCAACAGCAACAGCAGCAACAGCAGCAGCAGCAGCAACAGCAACAGCAGCAACAGCAGCAGCAGCAGCAACAGCAACAGCAGCAACAGCAGCAGCAGCAGCAACAGCAACAGCAGCAACAGCAGCAGCAGCAGCAACAGCAGCAGCAACAGCAACAGCAACAGCAGCAGCAGCAGCAACAGCAACAGCAGCAACAGCAGCAGCAGCAGCAACAGCAGCAGCAGCAACAGCAACAGCAGCAACAGCAGCAGCAGCAGCAACAGCAGCAGCAGCACCGGCAGGAACGACAGCAUAAUGAGCAGCAACAGCAGUGGAAGAGCGUGAUCGGCUACCUCGCCCAGCAAAUAAGGGCCGCACAAUCCAACCCACAAGCCGGCUCCGCAGCAAGCGUAACACCACCCGCCCCAAUUGCAACGUCAAUAUUUAACGCCUCUGCACCCCACGAGCAUUAUUCAGCACAGCCAGUUCUUCUGCCAAUGGGUGCCUCGUACCUACCUCAGGAGGGCACGGGGGCAGCAGGGACUGCACAGGCCGGCGUGACGGCUGGUUUUGUUGAAGCGAGACCUCGCACAGCAAGUGGAAGGCUGCAGAACCCCACUGAGACGGAGAAUUUCCCCAUGGAAAGACAACAGGUCCCCAUGGGAGGCAGUUUGCUGCACCGACUUGGAAUUGCCACGCAUGGUGGUUUGAUGCCGUCGCUUGAGGGUGCAGCAGUGAGUAAGCAAUUGGGGGAAGUUGCGGCAUUGGGCUCACCGCAUGCAGAUGUGGUGCAUGCUUCUCACAAUGUUGAAAUAUUGACGGGGAUAGUACAUGCGGAGGGGAAUGCGCAUACACAUGGUUUUGGUGGUAGUGGCAGCGAGAGGGGACAGUUGGAGUCAGCGGCGGGGGUUCCGUCACGAGAACUUAUUCCUUCUGAUAGUUUUCUUAAGACAGAAGAUGCAUGCCCAACUCCCCUUGCGCCGCCUGCUCCCACAAUUGGUUUGGAGCUUGGCCUAGGCUUGGGCAAGAGCCAAGACAAGGGCUUUCCUCAUGACUUGAACUCAUGA